AUGGAGGACCACCCCCCCAAGCUGCCUCUCAAAUGGCACCCUACCCCAUAUGCAGCACACUACUUUGUCUACCCAGUGUCUAAACACAGGGCCCCAGUCAAAGAGUCCCACAUCUACAGAGUCCCACUCCCAUCACCCACCUCUACAGAGUCCCACUCCCUCUCCCAUCACCCACCUCUACAGAGUCCCAUUCCCUCUCCCCCAUCAUCCACCUCUACAGAGUCCCACUCCCUCUCCCAUCACCCACCUCUACAGAGUCCCAUUCCCUCUCCCCCAUCACCCACCUCUACAGAGUCCCAUCACCCACCUCUACAGGGUCCCAUCACCCACCUCUACAGGGUCCCAUCACCCACCUCUACAGGGUCCCAUCACCCACCUCUACAGAGUCCCAUCACCCACCUCUACAGGGUCCCAUCACCCACCUCUACAGGGUCCCAUCACCCACCUCCCAGGGUCCCAUCACCCACCUCUAGAGUCCCAUCACCCACCUCUACAGGGUCCCAUCACCCACCUCUACAGGGUCCCAUCACCCACCUCUACAGAGUCCCAUCACCCACCUCUACAGGGUCCCAUCACCCACCUCUACAGAGUCCCAUCACCCACCUCUACAGGGUCCCAUCACCCACCUCUACAGGGUCCCAUCACCCACCUCUAGAGUCCCAUCACCCACCUCUACAGAGUCCCAGCACCCACCUCUACAGAGUCCCAUCACCCACCUCUGCAUGGUCCCAUCACCCACCUCUACAGGGUCCCAUCACCCACCUCUACAGUCCCAUCACCCACCUCUACAGGGUCCCAUCACCCACCUCUACAGAGUCCCAUCACCCACCUCUACAGAGUCCCAUCACCCACCUCUACAGAGUCCCAUCACCCACCUCUACAGAGUCCCAUCACCCACCUCUACAAGGUCCCAUCACCCACCUCUACAGAGUCCCAUCACCCACCUCUACAGGGUCCCAUCACCCACCUCUACAGAGUCCCAUCACCCACCUCUACAGGGUCCCAUCACCCACCUCUACAGGGUCCCAUCACCCACCUCUAGAGUCCCAUCACCCACCUCUACAGAGUCCCAGCACCCACCUCUACAAAGUCCCAUCACCCACCUCUACAGGGUCCCAUCACCCACCUCUACAGUCCCAUCACCCACCUCUACAGGGUCCCAUCACCCACCUCUACAGGGUCCCAUCACCCACCUCUACAGGGUCCCAUCACCCACCUCUACAGGGUCCCAUCACCCACCUCUACAGAGUCCCAUCACCCACCUCUACAGAGUCCCAUCACCCACCUCUACAGAGUCCCAUCACCCACCUCUACAGAGUCCCAUCACCCACCUCUACAAGGUCCCAUCACCCACCUCUACAGAGUCCCAUCACCCACCUCUACAGAGUCCCAUCACCCACCUCUACAGAGUCCCAUCACCCACCUCUACAGAGUCCCAUCACCCACCUCUACAGAGUCCCAUCACCCACCUCUACAGAGUCCCAUCACCCACCUCUACAAGGUCCCAUCACCCACCUCUACAGAGUCCCAUCACCCACCUCUACAGAGUCCCAUCACCCACCUCUACAGAGGGAGAAUGGGAAUAUUUGUAUAGUAGGAAUGCAGAUAUUCAGGCAGAUGGGAUGUUCCCAUGGCCCCUCCUCUGGUUCCCAGGCUCCGGGGCUCCAGACAGGGCCAGGGGGAUACAGCGUGAACUCGUUCACGCCACAGCUUGGCUCACUGGAGGUCACAGACACAGCACUCGUCACAACCAUCAGUCAGAAUCAACACAACAAAUUAGACUGA